AUGGCCGGGUUCUUUAACAAGAUUCGAAAUGCGAGCACGCCCUCGACAGCGCAAACCACCAAAGAACUGGUGUCGAAGAAGAAGGAUGAGAUCGUCCCGGAGUUGACCCCGCUUGAGAAGAUGCUGCAGAAUGCGGGCCCCUUGCGAGAAGAUGCAACUGACAAGUUCUUCGGUUUCGAAAACGCUCUGUUCUACUCCGACCUGUUCCGAGAAAGCGUCAUCAACUACCCAUCGCUCUCGCCCUCAGACACCCCCAAUGGCAACCGGCCAAAGGUCAACGUCACUCUCCGGCCGCCCAUGAACCCCGCCCUGGCGAACCCCCAGCAGCAGACCAAGAAAGGCAUCAGUGCCAAGGAGGCGAUGAAGCAGAAGCAGACGUUGGGCGCUGGGCAGCCGGCGCCUGGACAGCCCGCCGUCAAGCCCGAGGAUAAGCCAGACACCCCCGAGUAUAAGAAGAAGCAGGCCAUGCUCAAGGGCCCUAUCCUGGAACUGGCACAAGAGAAUGCCAUGCCUUACGGCAUGGACGAGUGUACCUUUACCGGCCUCAAAGACAUCUUCCUGGCAGUCCUCCAGAGCAACACCCGAACGGGCGUCUUGAGCCCUCAGCGCUUCCUCGAGAUAUUCAAACGCGACAACGAAAUGUUUCGAAACUCGAUGCACCAGGAUGCUCACGAAUUCUACGGCCUCGUCUUAAACGAUGUCAUUGCCAACGUCGAGGCAAAUGCGAGGAAGAUCCAGGAACGCCUCGAAGUCAAUGGUCAAAGUGAUCUUACGCAGUCGGUGGAAAACGCCUUGGGAUCAGCGUUGAUAAAUAAUGCGACAGGCUACCGCACUCCCGGGACUGGGUGGGUUCACGACAUCUUUGAGGGCGUGUUGACCUCAGAAACGAAGUGCUUGACUUGCGAGACGGCAUCGCAAAGAGACGAGACCUUCCUCGACCUCUCCAUCGAUCUGGAAGAACACUCAUCUGUGACAUCCUGCCUGCGGAAAUUCUCAGCUGAGGAGAUGCUCUGCGAGCGGAACAAGUUCCACUGCGACCAUUGCGGUGGCCUGCAGGAGGCCGAAAAGCGUAUGAAGGUUAAGCGGCUACCCAAGGUACUGACUCUGCAUCUCAAGCGCUUCAAGUACACCGAAGACUACAGCCGCCUCCAGAAGCUCUUCCACCGUGUCGUAUACCCCUACCACCUGCGCAUGUUCAAUACAACGGAAGACGCAGAGGAUCCCGACAGGAUGUACGAGCUCUAUGCGGUUGUUGUCCACAUCGGCGGCAACGCGUACCAUGGCCACUACGUCUCCAUCAUCAAGACUCCCGACCGUGGCUGGGUUCUGUUCGACGAUGAAAUGGUUGAGCCCGUAGACAAACACUUUGUGCGCAAUUUCUUUGGUGACAAGCCCGGUAUGGCCACUGCCUACGUUCUCUUUUAUCAGGAAACCACCUUUGAGAAGGUUCGAGAAGAGCAAGAGAGGGAAGGCAUGGAAGAAGUGAAGCUCGCGACGCAGGCGGCCAAUGUCGCACAAGACGAGAACGGGGACAAGGCGGAACCGGCUCCCCUGAAGCGGCAAGUGACGCAGCCCGUCAUAAUGCCGGAACACGAGUCUCUGGCGAAUCUUGCACAUGCUGCCACUGCUCCUGGGUUGGCACACGCACCCAUGUCACCAACUGUCGAGACGCCAGUGGCGAGCGACUUACCCUUUGCAGGCCCAUCGAGCUCGGGUCUGACAACAUCGAGUACGGCUAAAAUAGUAUCCAAGUCAAAAGAAGACUUGAAGAGAGAAAAGAAGGAGCGUGAAGCUGCGGAAAAGGCAGCCAAACAAGCCGAGAAAGAGAGGGAGAAGCUCAAAGAGAAGCAGCUGAAAGAAGACGAAAAGAAGCGCAGAGACGACCAGGUUAAGGCCAUGCAAGCGCGGAGGAACGAGCAUGAGGAGCUGCAGAAAGCACUCGAGGCUAGCAAGAGGUCUGCGGCCCAAGAAGAAGCCGUAAGGAAGAAGGAGGAAGGCGGAUCCACGAGCUUCCUCGACCGAUCGAAAAAGGGUAGCAAGUCCAUGUCGAAGCGGAGCUUCAGCUUCUUCAGAGACAAGAAUGGACCGCCACUGCCAGACACUCCCGCGAAUGGAGAUGCUCCAGAAAAGGAGAAGAAGGGGCGCAUGAGCAUGGGCUUGGGGAGGAAGAAGAGCACGUCUUUUCUUUCAUAA